UAAUAUAAUUGCCUAAUAUUGAGUGUGGAUCAUGGAUUUUUACAAUAAAAAUUUUUACCAACUGAUCCGUCAUUUAGAUCCUAGUGGCAUGUUAAAUGUACCAGUGCUCGUUUUUACAGACAAAAAAUAUCUAGAUGAGUAUUUUAGUACUAAUAAAGAUUUCCAGAAAUUAGAUGUUCCCUGGAUGUGUGAUAAAUUAGUUACACUUUUAACUAAUUUUGAUGAUGUCAUAUUUCCCACUACACAACUUAUACAAAAUGACUUUCAAUAUAAAAAGUAUAUGUUUUUUUUUAUUAGUCAAGCUUUUAUUGGUUUAAUUUUAAUACAUGAACAGUCUAUUAAAGCUUAUUAUAAUUAUUGUAGGACUUCAACAAUAUCUGUAUACAAAACUAAAAUAGCUAAAACUCGAGUUCCGAAAAAGAAAAAAACAGAGAAAUCUGAUGAUCAGCCAUACCGUAAUUUAUUCAUUGAAAAUCAAAAUAUUAAUCAGUUUAAUCAAAAUCAAGUUAUUUUAACUGAUAAGGUCAUUAAUGAAUCAGAUGUUAUUUUAGAAUCAAAUAAUAAACCAAUUCUACUCAAUCAGAAUACUAUAUUUAAUUUGAAUGACAAAGAAAAUCUAGAUGGACAUCCUAGGUUUGAUUUAGAACUACCAAAUUUACCUCUUCAACCGAUUGGAGAAUUUACAAUUAUUAAUCCAAAUAUGCCUAUAAAUUAUCCUCAUUUCUCAAAUGAAUCGGAAAAACUUAAGGGUAUUAAUGUUAUACAGCCUAAUCAUAUGGAAUUUCAAGAAUCAGGAAAACAAUCACAGAAUACAAAUAAAUUACAAGAUCAAAAAAUUGAAACUAAUAAAUUAACAGAACAGUUCAAAUCUGAACUAAAUCAAAAAGAACAACAUAAACAAAUAUCUACUGAAAAUGAUUCACCUCAAAACAAUUUAAAUAAUCAAUCGUGUAAAAGAAAGAGAUUGAGUAAAUCAAUGAAAGGAAAUUAUAAAAAAAAGCCAAUAGAACAAAGCAGUAAAUUACGUAAACAUGGACUGAAGACACUUGAGGGACAGUUGUUUGAUAGACCACUUGAACGUAUGGAAAUGAAAUAUUUUUAUCAAUCUAUGAACCAUUUGCCUUUAAGAUAUGCUACUUACCGUAGUAAACUUAAUAUACCAUUUGCUGUACUUACUUUAAAUAUGGAAUUGGAAAUAAACAAAAACCAGAAUGAUAUUUUUAAUAAUGAAAUGACAAAAGGUAGUUAUAAAGCUAUAUGUGAAAAAUUAAACUACAAUACAACUACAAACAGUUGUAUUUAUCAACAGUGUUUAAACAAUGAAUUGCCUCAUUUAAGCCUGCUUCUUUUAGCUGAAGAAUGUAUAAUUAAUAACAGUCUAGUUUGGAGAAACACAAUUAAUGAGAUUAAUAAAAAGUUGGAGGAUAGUUUAAAGGACUUUCAAAAUUCUAAUACUGAUCAGACUAAGUGGGACGAAUUUAAAGAAAAAAUGAAACUUAGAGUCAAUCAAAGUUUAGUGGCCCAUAAAACUUUGAUUGGUUACGAACAAUCUCAUAUGGAUGUCCAACAUCCUAUUCUGGACUUUCCAUCUCUCUGUCAAAUCCAAGUCCCAGAAACUCAGUCUUUAAUAACUGAAUUGGGAUUAUUGCCUUCUGGAAAUUCUCCGGGAAACAUUCAACAUCCAAAUAUUUACAAAGACAAUUAUGGUUUAAAUAUAAUUAACUUAGAUGGUUCACUGAAUAAUAGAAAUGUUGUUCAACCAGUUGAAAAUUGUCAUGAACAAUCUGUGGAUAUCAUAAGUAUUAUAUCUCACAUAUUACAACAGUCUUCUGAAAACACUUCAUAUUUAAUUUUUACUGAUCUUUGUCCUAUGCAUCUUACAAAACGGAAACAUGCCAGUUUGGUUUUCAGAAAGUUACUUGGGUUGCAUCAAAAGAGAAUUGUAGUAUUAAAUCAAUCUCAUAACAUAAUAGACCCUUCAUCCAUUUCAAUACAAUUAAAUUUUAAUUCUUUUUUAUAGUAUAAUA